AGCUUGCCCAUCGCAUGCAUCAUCGCCUUCCUUUCUAUUUUAAUGCCGCACUACAUGCCCAACGAUUGCUCGUAGGUCAUAUGCUUUAGUGUCUGGAGGACAGGAGGUUAUCACAUAUCCGCGGUCAGAAAAGCCACGGGCGCUCCCCAUAUUUGAUUGACCAACGAAAGUCCACGCCGGGAGACACCGUUGGAAAUGGACGCUCCACGCGACGACCACCGCCUCUCCGAGAACAGGAAUGGCAACGGCUGCGGUGAGGCCGAUGGUCGGCUUUCGAAGCGGCCGCGGCCUCACCCUGCGCCCAUCUCCGCCGCUGAGAUCGUGGAGGAGUUCUCCCACAACGACCCCGCCGUGGCGCGCGUCAACAACGGCAGUUUCGGCUGCUGUCCGGCGUCCGUCCUCGCCGCUCAGCUCCGGUGGCAGCGCCUGUUCCUCCGGCAGCCCGACGAGUUCUACUUCAGCAGCCUUCACCCCUCGCUGACCCGCUCCCGUUCCCUCGUCCUGGAGCUCAUCAACGCCGCUCACCUCGACGAGGUCUCCCUCGUCGACAACGCCACCACGGCCGCCGCCAUCAUCUUCCAGCACGUCGCUUGGUCCUUCAUCGAGGGCGCCUUCAACCCUGGCGACGCCGUCGUCAUGCUCCACUACGCCUACGGCGCCGUCAAGCGGUCCAUCCACGCCUACGUCACCCGCGCCGGCGGCCACGUCGUCGAAGUCCCCCUCCCCUUCCCGCUGUCCUCCCCGGACGAGGUCGUCGCCGAGUUCCGCCGGACGCUAGGCCUCUGCCGGGCCGGAGGCCGGAGGGUCCGCCUGGCCGUGAUCGACCACAUAACCUCAAUGCCCUGCGUCGUGAUCCCGGUGAAGGAGCUCACCCGGAUCUGCCGCGAGGAGGGCGUCGAUCAGGUGUUCGUCGACGGUGCCCACUCCAUCGGCAACGUCGAGGUCGACGUGCAGGACAUAGGAGCCGACUUCUACACCAGCAACCUCCACAAGUGGCUCUUCUGCCCGUCCUCGGUGGCCUUCCUGCACACGAGGGGGUCAUCGGCGGCCGCGCCGCGCCUGCACCACCCCGUGGUCUCGCACGAGUACGGCAACGGCCUCCCGCUCGAGAGCGGGUGGAUCGGCAACCGGGACUACACCCCGCAGCUGGUGGUGCCAGCGGUGGUGGAGUUCGUGGAGAGGUUCGAGGGCGGCUUGGAGGGGAUCCGGCGGAGAAACCACGAGAAGGUGGUGGAGAUGGGGAAGAUGCUGGCCGAGUCCUGGGGAACUUUUCUCGGGUGCCCGCCGGAGAUGAGCUGCAGCAUGAUAAUGGUGGGCCUGCCGGGCUGCCUAGGAAUCUCCAGCGAGACAGACGCAAUGAAGCUCAGGGCCCUGCUGAGGGAUGAGUUCAAGAUCGAAGUGCCCAUCCACUACCGGUCACCACCCAAGGACGGUGAGGCAGCAGGGGCGACGGACGAGAGCGGCGCCACGGUCACGGGUUAUGCGAGAAUUUCCCAUCAGGUGUACAAUGUGGAGAACGACUACUGCAGACUCCGGGAUGCUGUUCACAAGCUCGUUCACGAUGGAUUCAGUUGCAUCCAAAGCACAGAGCGCGUGCCAUCUAAAGUCAAAGAUGGAUGAACUCCAUUUGGUUAGAGACUUUCUUGUGGCUGUGUAGGAAGGAAUUCAACAUAGCUCUAAGUGAGAAGCAGCUAUUGGAUUUCAGUCAAGAUUUUCUAAGCAUGGAGGCUGUGGCAAGUUUCAAAGACCAUUAGGACCAGUUAGUUGGUGCUUAUUGGGGGCUUCUUGAAGCUUGACUGGGAAACAGCAGCUAGCUGCUUGCUGGAUUUUGAUUAAGCUUUUCUAAGUGCUUCCUGUUGGAUUGAUUCUAAAUGGCACGGAUCAUUUCUGGAAGCAAAGAAAAUAUAAAUCGUCAUGUAAAAGGGUGAAUUUUGAUGAAGUCUUAUAUUAAUUUUGUAGAACGCAUAGGCUUAUCUGAGUUUGUUCUGUUAGAGUUAGUCCAGGAAAUUUACCAAAGGAUAAUUUUGAUAACCCGAUAAAGAUAAUAAAACGGAAAGAAUAAAAGCGAUAAGAACAUCAGAUUUACAUGGUUCGGUCAAUUAACCUUAACCGAACCACUAUGAAAGGGACAAUUAUAAAUGCCUUAGGAAGAUGUUCCUAAGCCAUAAAACACCCGAAAAUACUAAAUAAGAAAAAACUCAAACUAUAAGUCUAAACUAUUUAACUGAGUGUGGAUUUAAACCCAAAGCAAACACUUAGGUUUUUCUUGUGGUGUAUCUGACUUCAAAGCCCAGACCCUUAUUUAUAGUUCCAAUAGGAGACAACAAGUCUGAUUUUCCCGAUGUGGGACUAUGGGACUUGCCAAACUAACAAAUCUCUACCUUAGCAUGUCAACAAAACUUGCUCCACCUUCUUCAUAAAAGCCCCAACGGGCAAUCACCAACAAUGAACACCAACCAAGUCCAAACACUGCUUGAACUUCUAAACCAGAAGAGGCUUCGUAAGCACAUCAGCUAGAUUGUCCUUCAUAUGAAUUUUCUAAAUAAGGACCUUUCCCUCAGCAAUAGUAUCGCAUUUGCAUCCAACAAUUUUCUUACCCGAAGGCGGCUUCACAAGAUCCCAAGUUCUAUUCCGAUGGAGAGAUUCUAUUUCUUCAUUCAUCGC